UUCAAUAAGGCAAGUUCCAACCUCUAAUAUACAGCCUUUCAUAGAUAAGGCAUUUUAAUCAGUAGAGGAGAACUCUUGCGGUGAAUCACGGUCACAUUUCGUGAUAAAUAUCGCCAAAAUCUAUGCAUGGCACAGUCUGUGGUCAUGUUAAUUUUGCACUAUCGUAAUCACAUUGCAAACCGUGAACAUUGAGUCAUUUGGGUUCAUUUCCUUGAUGUGAAGGCAGUUUUCUAAGGAAAGAGCAAGAAUGGAAGAGAAAAUGAAAGCAGCAUCAAAUUAUGACAAGGCGUUGUUGCAGUCUAAGGAGCUGUAUCAGUACAUCUUGGACACAAGUGUGUACCCAAAUGAACCAGAGCCUCUUAAGGAGCUGAGAGAAGUUUCUGCAAGCCAUCCAAGUUAUUGGAUGGGCACUGCACCAGAUGCAGGUCAAUUGAUGGGAAUACUACUGAAGCUUAUCAAUGCCAAAAGGACAAUUGAAAUCGGGGUCUUCACCGGAUACUCUCUUUUACUCACUGCCCUAGCAAUUCCUGAUGAUGGAAAGAUAAUAGCCAUAGAUGUUGAUCGCGAGGCAUAUGAAAUGGGAUUUCCCAUUAUAAAGAAGGCUGGCAUAGAGCACAAAGUUGACUUCAUCAACGCCGAGGCUCUCGGAGCACUAGAUGAUUUAAUGGCAAACCUUGACAACGAGGGGAGCUUCGACUUUGCCUUUGUCGACGCGGACAAAGUCAACUACUUGAAUUAUCAUGAGAGGCUGAUGAAACUGGUCAAAGUGGGCGGGCUAGUCGUCUACGACAACACCCUCUGGAGGGGAAGUGUAGCGAUGCCUGAAGACACGGUUGGAAAGAAAUAUAAGGAGGGUCGAAAGCUGCUGCUUGAGUUCAACAAAUUACUCGCCAACGAUGCUCGCGUCCAAAUUUGUCAUGCUUCGAUAGGUGAUGGGAUGACGAUCUGCAGGCGACUUCACUAAGUUUUUAUCCGUUGAAACCCCCCAAAAAAAUAAAAAAAUAAAUAAAUAAAUAAUUCUUACAUUGCACUUGCCAUAGCUUAUCUCUGGGAUGUUGUCUUAUAUAUUGUAAUAACCACAGCAUUUAUGAAUGGGCAAAAAUUGAUGGGGGGGGUCAUCAGAAAGUGCUAGCGUGAUGAUUAAUAAAUAAUGUUAGCACGGAAACAUAUUCAUACAUAAUAAAUGUGCAAGUUCAUUUUGUCA